UCGCAAGCUUUUUAUUGUCGUCCUUCUUCCAGUUGAGAUAGUCGGUUUCGGUCAACUGCUACACCUGCCCAACGUUACUGAUAUUUAUCCUCCAACAAGUACUCACAACAUGGAUGAUUUUGACAUGCUGAACGCGCCCGCGGCUGGAAACGGUGUAGGCUCGGAAGAAGACCCCGCUGCCGCGUUCUUGGCCCAGCAAGAGAGUGAAAUCGCGGGGAUUGAAAACGACGAAGGCUUCAGCAUCCUGGACAGCGGAGAGGUCCCUUCGUCGCUGGUAGACUCCUCCAACGAUGGUGCUGUCAAUGGAGAGCUUCAUGUGGAAAGCAAUGGUCCAUCUGAUGCCUAUGCAGCAAUUUCCAGUGCAGACCGGCUGCAGGCCGAACCUGAAAGCCUACGCAAGUGGAGGGAAGAGCAAAGCGAACGGCUGGAGGUGCUAGAUGAAAACUCUCGCAAGCAGGAGUCAGAGUGGAAGGAGAAAGCCAAGGUGGAGCUGGAAGAGUGGCAUGCCAGGCAGAACGAGCAGCUGGAGAAAACCAAAACCAACAACAGGGUGCUGGAUGAAGACUUCUACAAGCAGCCCUUCUCUGAGCUCAUUGGUUAUGUCACACACAUUAACCAUCCUUGCUACCGCCUAGACCAGGCGGCUGAGGAGGCCAUGAUUUCGGAUCUGGAUGAGAACGACCCCGGCACGGAGUGGGAGCGGGUGGCUCGGCUCUGCGACUUCAACCCCAAGUCCAGCAAGCAAGCCAAAGACGUGUCUCGCAUGCGCUCCGUCCUCAUCUCCCUGAAGCAGUCCCCGCUAGUCCGCUAAAGGCCAAGGCUGCUCAGGGCAUUCCAUGUCAUCCUCUAUCACCACACACCAACCAACUCAACGACCACAUUCUCUAUUCUAAAGACAGGGGGCUUACAUCCCUUCUGCAUAUCUGUUCUUCUCCCCCCCCCUCCCCCCAGUGGAAGGAUAUACCCAGUGGUCCUGACCUCAUCUAUCUCCACCUAGCAGGUCUGUAGAGAUUAUAGCCUUAAAGCACCAGCUCACCAUUUCUUGCCCCCUCAAAGAUUUUCCCCUGUGUGCAUAUCUUCCACAGACCAAUCAACACUUUGUUAUUCAUCUUCGUCAUUGUUUAACACACUAAGAUCAAGGCCUGUUAGAUCGACACCAGGUCUGUGGUCUUGUGUAAAACUUGUGUAAGGGUGGUGAGUUGGGACACUAAAAGGGAAGGGCUGAUGUUUGUUUGGGCCUCCAGCUACACUAUAACCUGCUUCACACGACCCCCAAACAAUAUCAUUCCCAUGAUGCUGUACUUUUAACUUUGACCUACCAGGGUUGAUUGGUGUUAAAUGGUUUUAUUCACCUUUUUGUUUCCCAUCCUUACAAAAAAAGUAUCUUCAGAAUUUUUCUUUUAGUUUUUUUUAAGGACCAAACUCUAAGACAAAACUCCAAAUUCAGUGUGUGUACUUUUGAACUGUGUGUGUGUAGAGCCUGUUUGUGGCAUAUUGUGUUAAAUUUUCCAGCCUAUGCAUUUCCUUUUGAAAGCCUCUCCCCUCUCCAGUCAGGAACUAAACAAAGUGUGUUUAAACCUCAGUUUGUGUGUAUGUACUCUAUGCGUGUACCUAUGUACAUAUACAGAAGGCAAUAUAUAUACAGUAUAUAAAACGUUAAUGUCACUGAAAUUACACAGUUGUGGUUUUAAAGAGAACUAGAUGUUAGCCAGCUGUUGCUUGACCAUGCGUGUUCAUUGUCCAUUUGAUUUCAAUAUCAGUAAAAAGUGAAUAAAAGCCGUCUUCCUGUCA